UGAUAGCAGUGUUGGUUAACAAAUUUGAUGGUGGCAAGCAGUGCAUGUGGCACCUUCACCAGCUGUUCUGGCAGCGAACAAAGCCAAACGUGUAAAGUUUAAAACAUACAAAUUCAUUUGGCCUUUUGAAUGGCCGAACAGCGUCGCCGGUACCGCAACAAGAAGCGGGAUGACCAGCAAUCCGCCAACGUCCUGGCGCCGGUCACCAUUGCCCGGCGCUGCGAUGACCCCCGCCUCGUACAGCCCAAGAUCCUGCUGAAGAAGGAUCGUGACCGGGACAGGGACCGCGACAAGGAUAAGGAGAGGGAGCAAGAUCGAGAGCGCGAGCGAGACUCAGAGAUACCCAGCAGUGGUAGCAGCAACCAGGACACGCCCUCAUCCAUCAAGACGAUAAUUAUCAAUCGGACCACCGAUGCCCGACUUCCAGAACGAUAUCAAGGGAUGAUGUCGUCGCCCGGGACCGGAGCAGGAGGAUCCAAUCCCAGCAUGGCCCACGUUCCAGUGCCCGGCAACUCGGUGUGCGCGGCUCUGGUCAGUUCAUCCACGGCGCCGAACAGCUGCCGGGACAGAAGCUGCAAUCCAACACCCACUGCCAACGGAGCUACACCCGCCCUCCAGGACAUCCAGCCGCCGCGUAUGACCCGCCCCACACCACUGAUCGUCGCCAACGGCGUCUUCAAUGCCAAUGCCCGCAAGCUGUUCAACAAAACCAACACCGACUUCACGGUAAUCGGGAUUCUGGGGAGCCAGAGCAGCGGGAAGAGCACCUUGCUCAAUCUCCUGACGGCCGACCGACCGCUGGACUACGACUACUACCAGCACCUGUUCGCCCCGGAGGCGGACGAGUGCAUAUUCGCGACGCGGCCCAAAAAAGCGAACAAUGGCAGCCAGAAGAAUGUCCUGCGUCCGAGGACCGACGCGUUGCAGUUCUUCAUCACCCGAGAACGUCACAUCCUGGUGGACACGCCGCCCCUGCUGGCCACUUGCAAGGAGGCGGACAACCUGGACAUGCACUGCCUCGGCGUGGUGGCCCAGCUGCUGAGCGUGUGCCAUGUGCUCAUCCUGGUGAUCGACGGUGUGGCUGUGGAGCAUCUCCGCCUUCUGAACGCUGCCCUGCGCCUUCGACCGCGCUUCCCCUGCAAGGGCUAUGUAAGGGAUCACAUACCCCAGGUGAUGUUUGUUCGGAAUCGUGCCCAGCGCUUGGACUUCGAGCCGCAGCAGCGGGAACGGAUGGAGAAGAUGCUGACGCAUCUGUACGAACCGACGGCACUGCCCAUCUACAGGGGGCGUGGUGAGGCGCGCUGCCUAAACACCUUCCUGCUGCCGGACAUGGCGGGGAACGAGGCCACCGCCUACCAUCCCAACCUGGGGGAGCUGGUGCGACAGUUCCGGGAGCGUGUCCUCAGCUCUCCGCGCACCUCCAUGUGCAGCGGCGGCGAGCUGAGCGAGGCCAUUUGGUUCGAGAUCCUGGCGGAGACUGCCCGCAAGAGUGGACCCAAUUUCGAGAAGAUCCACUCGGAGAUCAAGCUGCGCCACCUGGAUGCCCGUACAGGCCAGUGGGGCCAGCGGGCGGAACAGUGGCGCAACGACACGUGAUCCAGGGAGGGAUGGGUCUCCUCCCGACCCGGAUCCGAACCGUAAUAUCAACUAAAAAGAAACAAAAUCGCAUACUUUCCACACAAGACUGUCAAAUGACGUGAUUUUUGAGUUAUGCAGCAGGACAAUGGGGUGGCCCCGGUUUAAUGGAGUAACUUGGGGGGCGUUACAAUUAUGUUGGCAAAAUAAAACAUAUUUAUUUUUAAA